GCAGGAACAUCGCUCUUGUUUUCAUUUUCGAUUCUUCACAAACAUACUACCUGCUGACACAUGAUGUCUGACAUGGAGAUGGCGGAACGCGAUAACCAUGAAGCACUUGGGCGGAAGCCCAUUCUCCAGCAUGAUCCUGGCCAUGACGAAAACGGUGGCUUGCACACGAUGGUCGAAGGCGCUGUUCGGUUGGUCACGAUGCUGAAUUUUAUGAAGGUGGAACUCGGCGAGUACAAGUCUCUCAAGUCCAAAGAACAAUGGCGCUCAAUCGGCGUUGAGUUUCUUGCCACUCUUCUGUUUGUUUAUCUGGGAUGUGGCUCUGUCGUGGCUUCAGGGGUGCUUGAAACUGAGUUGACAUCGGCAAGACUCACUGUGAUCGCUCUGGCCCAUGGAUUGGCUAUUAUCUUUCUGGUGGCGAGUACCGGCGCUAUCUCUGGAGGUCACAUCAACCCAGCAGUCACACUUGCCUUCGUUGUUGCUAGAAAGGAGAAUAUCAUACGCGGCUCCCUUUACGUAGCCGCUCAGUUGCUUGGAGGAAUCUGUGGAGCUGCUCUGUUGGGGGCGUCAAUCCCUGCAGCAGACCUGGGUCAACUGGGCACCCACAGCCUUGGCCAUGGCACAUCUGUGGGCAACGCUUUCCUUAUGGAGCUAAUGCUGACGUUCACUCUGGUCUAUGUAAUCUUUGGUGUUGCUGUGGACCGGCGAGGACCAGGUGUUAUUGUGUUAAAAUUAUAUAAGUUAUAAUUUAAUAUAGGCUUGCCGAUGACUGCCAUGUGAGGGACCUCUCCACCGCCGAGGAGACAGGACAUGCCGCCGAGAGGGCGGGGGCCGCCGCACCAGCCUCUGUCGUUCGAGCCGCCGGCGCCGCCGCUGUUGCCGCAGGCCUGGAGCCGCCGCACACCGCCGCCGCCGUCGCCGUCGUCACUGUCGCUGCUGCCGCCAUUGCCGUCUCAAGGGGCCGUGAGACCUACCCUCUUCCGGAGUCGUUGCGGCUCCUGCUGGGAAUGGGGGUGCUGGGCUAGGGGGUGUGGGUGUGGGUGUGGGUGUGGGGGUGUGCGUGGGCUUGACACUACCAAGCCUAGGGGGUGUGUUAAAAUUAUAUAAGUUAUAAUUUAAUAUAGGCUUGGUAGGUUGUUACUGAACCUUUCUGUAGGGGGUACAAACCCCUCCUUGUACUCCCCUCUCUUCCUAAUCCAACACCUCUUUCUUGACUUUCCUCCUACUCCUAGAUCCGUUUUUCCUAGCGCCGUUCCAUGGCGGCCUUGCUCCUAUCCUAGCUAAGCUAGUGUCCUAACUUUAGGGACCUAGCAUCCUAAGUUCCUAAGAUAUUGCGCCCAUACCAAUUGGCCUUGUGGUGGUGGUGGAUCACCUGGUAGGAGUGCCAUUUACAGGUGCAUCCAUGAACCCUGCCAGAAGCUUUGGCCCAGCCUUAGUGUCAGGGAUUUGGCCGCAUGAACAUUGGGUGUACUGGGCCGCGCCUGCCUUGGGAUCAGCACUAGCAGCUACCAUCUACAGG